AUGGCAGGGUCUAACAAUGGCACCGAGGAUGUUCAUAGACCUCGGACAAAGAAGCUACCACCACCUCCUCCCUACUACCUCCCCCUCAACAUCACCCUCUACCUAUGUCUAAUCGCCAACGGCCUCGCCGCAAUUUUCUCUCCAAUUCAAGACUGCGAUGAAGUGUUCAACUUUUGGGAACCUGCGCAUUAUUUACAGCAUGGAUAUGGGCUUCAAACAUGGGAGUAUUCUCCUGUUUAUUCCAUUCGGAGCUGGCUCUACGUGUCGCUCCAUGCUGCUGUAGGCAAGCUGGGGUCUCUAGUAGUUCACAGCAAGACCGCCGAAUUCUAUACAAUCCGUUUGUCUCUUGCUUUUGUCUGCGCUGCCUGUCAGACGCGAUUAUACUCUGCGAUCUGUCGCACCCUCAGCCCGCGCAUUGGUAUCUUGUUUGUGAUGGUCGGUACACUUAGCCCUGGCAUGUUCCAUGCUUCGGCGGCCUUCUUGCCAUCCAGCUUUACCAUGUAUAUGUCUAUGCUUGGCCUGGCUUCGUUCCUCGAUUGGAAGAAUGGCCGGAGAACAGCUCAGGGCAUCAUGUGGUUCGGACUGGGCACAAUUGUUGGCUGGCCGUUUGCUGGGGCUCUCGUUCUCCCUUUUCUGGCUGAGGAGGCCAUCCUUAGAUUCAUGUCUGGGUCACUUGGCUCCUUUUUGUACAAUGUUUUUGACGGUAUUGUUCGUUGUUUGUCAAUUCUGGCUCUUGAAGUUACAGUUGACUAUGCUUUCUUCCGAAAGCUCGUCCUCGUGCCAUGGAAUAUUGUUGCAUACAACAUCCUAGGAGGAGAGGGUAAGGGACCGGACAUCUUCGGGACUGAGCCGUGGACUUUCUAUAUUCGAAACCUUUUGCUCAACUUCAAUGUUUGGUUUGUCCUCGCCAUGCUAUCCGCUCCUCUCCUAGUCUUCCAGAUGGUCUUCCGAUCGCACACUACGUCCAUUCAAACCUCAUUGCGAUCACUGGCACUAAUUGCACCUUGGUACAUGUGGUUUGGGAUCUUUUCGGUCCAGCCCCACAAGGAAGAGCGCUUCAUGUACCCGGCAUACCCGUUCCUGGCACUCAGCGCAGCACUAGGUUUUCAUAUCAUCUUAACCUACCUCGGUUCCACUGACCGGAAGGAACUGAUUGGGCGUGUACCAACCAAACUCAAGAUGGCUGCAGCCCUGUCUGUUGUUUUAGUAGCCUUGAAUGCCGGCAUGUUGCGCACGCUAGGCAUGGUCACUGCGUAUAACGCUCCUUUGAAGGUGUUCGAGCCUCUACAGCGGGUGGAUCUCUCGCAAACAGGAGACUCGGUCUGUUUCGGCAAGGAGUGGUAUCGCUUCCCGUCAUCAUAUUUCCUUCCCAGCGACAUGCGCGCCAAAUUCAUCCGGAGCGAAUUCCGAGGGCUGCUGCCGGGUGAGUUCCCGGAUGCGCCGAGUUAUCUCGGGCGUCUGAAUGGGGCCUCGCAAAUCCCGUCUGGCAUGAAUGAUCUCAAUAUCGAGGACCCUAGCAAAUACGUUGAUAUUUCUCAAUGCUCUUUCCUGGUUGAUUCCUAUUUCCCUGGUCAUGAUGCGACCGCACUGGAGCCCCAUUAUGUCACGGACAAGACGCAGUGGGAGAAGAUCUCCUGCGCAAGCUUCUUGGAUGCAUCUCAGACAGGUCUGCUGGGUCGGUUGAUCUGGAUCCCUGACUUGCCACUCAUUCCGGACCGCUUCCGACGCAAAUGGGGCGAGUACUGUCUUCUCCAGCAAACUGCUGUAGGAGAUGUGUAG